UGGCAGCACGGUCAGUGGCAGCACGGUCAGUGGCAGCACGGUCAGUGGCAGCACGGUCAGUGGCAGCACGGUCAGUGGCAGCACGGUCAACAGCGGCAGCUGCAGAGGUACCAGAGGAGACAUGUCUCUAUGCCAGGCCGCUAUACAGAAGCUGAUGGAAUACAUUCAGCUCAACUUCACAGAGGAAGGAGAGAUCCAGAGUACCGCCCUCCGACCCACGACGCCGUGUGGAGGUGUGGAUGCGGAGGUGCGAGCCGUGUGCCUCACCAAGCGUGAGGGGGACGGGGCAGAGCUGGGACUCAGUUUCGGUAACAUCCCUAUAUUCGGGGAUCCGGAGGGGGAGGACAGGAAGAAGGGAGGAGGGAGAAGGAGGAGGAGGAGGAAGGGGGAUCAGGGACCCGUGUUGGACGUGGGGUGUAUCUGGGUAACGGAGGUGAGGAAGAGAAGUCCCGCGGCGAGGUGCGGUAGAAUUAAACUACGAGACGAGCUGCUGUCACUCAACGGUCAGCUGAUGGUGGGCGUCGACGUCACGGGAGCCAGUUAUCUGGCUGACCAGUGCUGGAAUGGCGGCUGCAUCUACCUGAUCAUGCUCCGGAGGAUCAAGCGUAAAGCCCCUCUCCCUCCGUGCAAUGGAAACGGCAACGCCACCAUCACUGGCGGCAGCGGUGGCAUCCAAGAUGGCCGAAACUCCCUGCACCAUAGGAGCAGCGUGUCCUCCGAGCCUCCUGACAGCCUUCUGACGCAGACCGGUGGCAGCAAACGGACGCGAAAGUUUGGCAUCAUCGCCCGGUCGACGUUCAAUCGUGAUAGUAAAGAGCUGGGCCCUAAGAACGAGAGCUGGGACGAUGGCAGUGGGGAAACGCUGGAGAACGGUUACCGCGGCCACGGAGACUCUGCGAUCUCCAUGGACACGAGGGUCACGUCCCCAGAGCCUAGUAGCUGCACAACUUCCAUGGACACGCCCCCAGAGGAGGAGCCAAGACAACCGAGGACUGUUCUGCCCCCUCUAGCGAUCCCACAUCAUCUGCAGAACGGGGGAGGAACCGCCACCCUGCCGAAUCGCUUCCACAGAGGACUGUCAGAACACAAGACAGAAUCUCUCAGCAGUGAUGCCUCCUGUCAGCCCAGAGAGGGGAGUCGUAUCUGGAAGAUGCACAUGGUGAAAGGUCAGGAGGGGCUGGGGAUCCAAAUUACGGGAGGACGAGGGUCCAAGCGCUCCCCGCACGGCAUCAUCAUAGCGCACGUAGAGGAGGGAGGCGCCACACAGAGGGACGGACGUCUGAAGGCUGGUGACGAGCUCCUGAUGAUCAACGGUCAGUCUCUGGUCGGCCUGUCUCAUUCAGAGGCUGUAGACAUCCUACGCUCUACCGCUGGACUGGUACAACUGGUCGUCGCUAGCAGGGAGGAGUCUGAAGUUGAUUUCCAUCGGUAUCCGUCCACCAGCCUGCCGGACCUGGUCAGUACCUGCGCCUCGUCUUCCUCCUCCUCUGCUUCUCCCAGCGACAAUCAGGAGAACAUGGAACCUCAUCACAGGCACAGAGUUUGGGAGGACCUCGCAGCCAGCAGCCUCAGCCUCUCUCGGUCUCGACCUACCACACUGACUGAUCUGGAGAAACUAGAGGACCGAGGCCGGGUGGAGGGACAGAAAGAAACCUGCCGCUCUCCCACAUCCAUGAAGUUCAGGAGCAGAUCACAAGGGGGCGGUAGUCGUCUGGAGUCUGUUGGAGAGGAUGACGAGCUGAUUGUGGAGAAUGGAGAGGCGGGGAGUGACAUGGUGGAGAAACCGACACGAGGUGGACGCAAACACUCCCUGCCUCAGCAGUUAGACACUGUAGGCAUCCGACAGGAGUACCAGAUAGUUAAGAAAUCAGCUCGCUCCCUGAGCACCUUUCAAGUGGAGUCUCCAUGGCGACUGGCCCAGCCGUCUAUUAUAUCCAACAUAGUCCUCAUGAAAGGACAGGGAAAGGGACUGGGGUUCAGCAUCGUCGGAGGUCAGGACUCUGCCCGAGGAAGGAUGGGGAUCUUUGUCAAGACUAUCUUCCCUAACGGAGCAGCGGUCGCAGACGGACGACUGAAAGAGGGAGAUGAGAUUCUGGAGGUGAAUGGAGACUCUCUCCAAGGCCUGACCCACCAGCAGGCCAUCCAGACCUUCAAGCAGCUGAAAAAGGGUGUGGUGACUCUAACAGUACGGACACGUCUCCGAAGCCCCAGCCUGACGCCGUGCCCCACCCCCACCCUUCUCAGCCGCUCCUCCUCCCCGAACUCCAACGCCAGCGGGGGCAACCCCACCCCAGUACCCACCACCUUCGACGAACCCCCCGAAACCCGCAAGGGACCCCCGGGUCCUGGCCCCAAAGACCGCAUCAUCAUGGAGGUUACACUCAACAAAGAGCCAGGGGUGGGUCUGGGUAUAGGGACCUGCUGUCUAACUCUAGAGAACAGUCCUCCAGCCAUCUACAUCCACAGUCUGGCCCCCGGCUCUGUCGCCAAGAUGGAUGGACGACUCAGUCGAGGGGACCAGGUCUUGGAGGUGGACUCUGUGAGUCUACGCCAUGUGGCCCUGAGUGAGGCCUAUGCUAUUCUCAGUGAGUGUGGACCAGGACCAGUCAGCCUCAUCAUCAGCAGACACCCCAACCCCAAGGUUUCAGAGCAGGAGAUGGAUGAUGUAAUCACUAGGUCUUCACACAGAGACAGUCUGAGUAAGGAUGGACACGCCUCUCAAACUCUAGGCAUGCCUUCUAAGAGCCCCUCCCUCACAGUGAAGGCCAAACAGGCAGAUGGCUCUUCCCUCAGCUGGGCUAUGAAGAGGUUCCUGGAGCCCGCCAGCAGGCAAGGGUCUCUGAGUUCGGAGGCGGAGCUAUCUCAGUACUUUUCCCAGGAAGUAACCAGUCAUUCGUCGCUGUCGGAAACCACUGCGAUGGGAUCCAGUGAUGACGACAUGCUCCACCACAGGAGCUGUAACACCUCAAUAGACGACACCCCCGCCACUCAGCCACAUGGGUUAAAAGAUGCCUCUGGUGUAGGAGUGGAGGUCAGCGUGGAGGUCAGAACAGAUGAUAAGGCUCCCGGUGUCCCGGUGUUGAACCGGCCAGUGGAGGCCACCCAGCGCCAGCCCAGCGUGUGUAGUCCUGGUAGCAGCUCCGUCCGCAGUCCACUGCUCCGACAGAGACGAGUCAUCUGCCGUGACGAUGAGGUCAGCGAUGAUGAAGAUGCUGUUACCCUGCCCUUCCGCCAGGUCGCUGGUCGUGUUACCGCCAUGGGGGUGGUUGCUGACUCUGGCAUCAUGAUCUCUGCGUCAUCAGUGGAGUUGGACGAAGAGAGUGAAGGCCCACAUAUCCUGCUUCAUAGUAAUUCUCUGGAGUCACAGGAAGGGGUCGGUUUCGUUCCUUCCUCCGGCGCAGAAUCACCCUUCAUGCCUAUCCGCCGGUCGGACCACCACCAGACCCCCGGGGGAGGAGGAGGGUCUUUCCCCACAACAGGCCCCAGUAACCUGGGUGUGAGGAUGGACCCUCAGGGCCCCCUGGAGCCCAAGCACUCCCCUAAGCUGGAACACAAAGCUGUGACACGUGUCAAGACUAUGCUGAGCAUCGAGGCCCCGCCCAUCCAGCCAACCAAUCAGCAGAACCAGAACCAGAGAACCAAAGGAGAGGAGUCUCCGACCUCCUCAUCCUCCCAGUCUCUGGCCCCUCAGCCUAAGGUAGCCUCCAGCCGCUCCCUGGGGCGGUCUGGUUGUAACCCCAACCUCCUCUGUAAGAAGGGCGAGGCCUGCAGCGAGCUGGCGGGGGAGGAGCCAGCUCAUUGCACCAUCGACAAGGUGGUCCUGAGGAGGAGUGAGGAAGAGUCCUUCGGUCUGGACCUGGAGAUCAGAUCCUCUCCUCUGAAGGUGGUUAUCACUGGAUUGAGGCUUGGAGGAGCGGCCGAGAGAGAAUCCCGGGGCAGGAUGUGUGUGGGAGACGAGAUCGUGUCGAUUGGGGACACGCCCACGUGCUCCUCGUCCUAUCACGACAUCUGUGAGCUCAUGCACAACCUUCCCGUGACCCUCGCGCUGGAGGUCAAGAGGCCCAUGUCAGCUGUAGAUCGCCUGUCCAGCCUCAUGAUGUCAUCGGGGAGUUGUGAUGUCAUGGGUCCCUCCAAUGGGGGGGCUCCAAAUCCAGGAAGUCCCUCCUCCUCCUCACCGACCAAUCACAACCCCAAACCCACAACCCCAAUCAACCACAACCACAGCAAUGAUAUACCGGUCACCUACAUUGAUGACGUCAAGACCAGACUAAGCUCCUCCCAUGUAAAGAGCGCCCUCUCUUCCAAUACCCUCAAAGCCCCUUCAGAAGCACAACGUACUGAGACUAUGGCCUGUAAGUCAGCUGUAGACAGCAAGGCCCUGCCAGAGAAUGAGAAAAGCACAGUUCAGACUCCUCCAACAUUGCCCAGUCAGUUUGAUUUCUCUGUCUUGGACUCUGGAAAGAAAUGCUGCCUCAUGCCUGUGGGUAAAACAUUCUUGAACAACUACUCCAGAAACUUUAGCAGUAAUCUCACAGACGAGGGAAUGAAUGCUCUUUCAAAUAGGGUGGAGAGACCCCCCGGUGCCUCUGCUGCCGAUUCGAACUGCAACAUGUAUGACAUGGUCGGCGACAGUGAUUCGGAAAGCGAAGACACGGUCACCGACAACAGCCGUGGCGCUGCCGGCGAUAACAAACCGGCGAGCCGCAGUGUCGGCGCUGAGCCCCAGGACACGGAUUCUGAUGAGGAGGAAGUGGAGAUUUGUUACAGUGAGGCCCAGCGGCCCAGCACUCUGAGUCAGGCAGCGCUGACUCACCUAACAGAUGGGCCAUUGUCUCCACAGCUCCAUAUCUCUAUCUCUGGCUCUGACGGCAGCCACAGUACAAAGGAGACUAGGCCCUUUGAUGUAGCACUAGACUCUGCUGCUUCCUCCUCCUCCACUGUCACUACUACUUCAGCGGCCUCCCAGCAAAACGAAGACUGCUCUGUUGUAACAACCCAAUCCAACCCCGAUCAGAAACCAUUCCCCUCACUGUCUCAGGAUCUGCCUGCCUCUGGCUCUCUAUCCUCAGGUGCCUUUCUGGCUGCGGAGGCCAAAGGUUCCCCUUGCCAAGAAAUGCCCCGCCAGUCUUCCAACGACACAGAUUCUGUGCCCACUACAAGCCCUGCAGGGCCUUCAGAAAGUGGUGUCAACAGGGUUUGUGACACUGUUAUAACACAUCCAAUAAAACCCGGCCAUGCUCCUUCAUUAAGCGUCUGCAGUACCCCCAUUGCAGCGGCUAACCACAACAUCGCGCGACAGAGUCAGGAGAGGUCAGCCCGACUCCGUGCAAACGUUUCACCGGCUGCGGCUUUAGGAAAACUAUCUAACACACAAUCGUCAUCAUCCCACUCAACGGUGGGGGAGGCAAAUUCCUCCAACUAUAGCAAUGUCUGGUCAGGCGCAUCUAAACCAUUGUCAAUUUCGCUAACAACAAGUGACAGGGAGAGAGAGAAAGUUCCCUCGUCAAUAUUGCUAACAACAAGAGAGAGGGAGAGAGAGAAAGUUCCCUCGUCAAUAUCGCUAACAUCAAGAGACGGGGAGAGAGAGAAAGUUCCCUCAUCAACAUCGCUAACAACAAGAGACAGUGAGAGAGAGAAAGUUCCCUCGUCAACAUCGCUAACAACAAGAGACAGUGAGAGAGAGAAAGUUCCCUCGUCCACAUCGCUAACAACAAGAGACAGUGAGAAAGAGAAAGUUCCCUCGUCAAUAUCGCUAACAACAAGAGACAGGGAGAGAGAGAAAGUUCCCUCGUCAAUAUCGCCAACAAGAGACAGGGAGAGAGAGAAAGUUCCCUCGUCAACAUCGCUAACAACAAGAGACAGUGAUAGAGAGAAGGUUCCCUCGUCAACAUCGCUAACAACAAGAGACAGUGAGAGAGAGAAAGUUCCCUCGUCAACAUCGCUAACAACAAGAGACAGGGAGAGAGAGAAAGUUCCCUCAUCAACAUCGCUAACAACAAGAGACAGGGAGAGAGAGAAAGUUCCCUCGUCAAUAUCGCUAACAACAAGAGACUGUGAGAGAGAGAAAGUUCCCUCGUCAACAUCGCUAACAACAAGAGACAGGGAGAGAGAGAAAGUUCCCUCAUCAACAUCGCUAACAACAAGAGACAGUGAUAGAGAGAAGGUUCCCUCGUCAACAUCGCUAACAACAAGAGACAGUGAGAGAGAGAAAGUUCCCUCGUCAACAUCGCUAACAACAAGAGACAGUGAGAGAGAGAAAGUUCCCUCGUCAAUAUCGCUAACAACAAGAGACAGUGAGAGAGAGAAAGUUCCCUCGUCAACAUCGCUAACAACAAGAGACAGUGAGAGAGAGAAAGUUCCCUCGUCAAUAUCGCUAACAACAAGAGACAGGGAGAGAGAGAAAGUUCCCUUAACAUCCCUGGACCUCAGGUUGGUCCAGAAUAACCCUAAUAGUCCCUCUCUCAGGACAUCCGGUCCCAAAUCAGUCAACAACAUUUCAACAGACAGUUCUCUAUCCAGUAGUAGCAGCAGGCUCAGAGUCAAUGACAAAGUCCAGAAGACCAGCAGCACUGCACCCAAAAUGAAGGGGCUCAACAUCAAGAGUAAAACCAAACCCCAGGAGCAACUUUCCCCAAAAACAGCCAGAGCAGAAAGUGCGUUGAUUCUGAGGAAAGCCAACAACACUUCUCCGCUCCAGUCCCCCAAACUGCAAGCCAAGAAGGUGGGCUCCCCCCUGCAAACCAGGAACGUGGAUUCCCCUCUGCUUACCAGAAAGGCAGCCGUAACCAGCAGCCUAAAGAGUAAACAGCAAGACCGGAGCAGCAGCAGUAGUAGCCCUGCCACGCCCGUAACAGAUGGAGGACAGGACAACCCCACAACCACUACUACGCCAGAACCAAUCAGCCAAUCACAAUCAACUACCAAGAUGAAGGUAGAGGAGCAACGUCUACACAAAGAGGUGGAGCAAGGGAUUUUGGCGGUGGCCAAGUCAAAAGAACGACCAGAGCCAUGCCUAACUACCCAGAGGACCUUCAUCGAGGUGCGACUCUCAUCCUCAUCUCCCUCCUCCACGCCUACACCAGUUCUGGCACCAAAGGAAGUUGUGUAUUCAAACGAUUACUCAAUUCCUCAUACCAAAAAUAUUACUCAACACAAGGAUCAGGUCAAUGGAAAUCCAGUAGAGACCAGUCUAUGGUCAGGAACCCCUGCAACCCCUGGCUCGGUGUGUAAUCUUGAAAAAGUCAACAACACUACCAGUGAAUCAGCAGUGAACUCAAUAGUCCUAGAAUCCGUAGAUGGGGUUCCUUUGCCUAUGAGCAAUGGUCCCACAGACAUCUCUCACAUGAACUGUAGAAUAACAGAGACGGAUGAAACUGAGAGCCUCAAAGCAAACAAGUCCAAACUGAAGGCGAUGGAGCGUCGUAGUUUCUCCACAGACAACAGCGUCUCAGUGGACCCAAACCCCUUCUCUGUCCGCCAGAGGAUCAAGUCCUUUGAGAACCUGGCCAGCUUCGACAAGCCAGUGCUCAAAUGCAUCGACAUCCAGUCCUUUGCUCAGUCCUAUGCUCUGACAGCAACGUUGAAGCCGCCUCUCAACCGGAGACUGUCUGGCUACAUGUCUGGAUCGGUGAGCUCCAUAGACUGUCGUUCGCUACGAAGGAGCUUCAGUUCGUGCAUCGACAACUUCAACGCAUUAACCCCCUUGACCCCAAUGUCGCCUCAGCUUCGCAAGUCACCGUCGAGCUUAACCCUCACAAACUUUGACUUGUUGACGCAAAGCUGCAGCACUAGCGAAGCUCCCCUCGGACAUAUCCAGGACAAACUUGGAGAUGGAGAAAGUCCCAGAAUCUCCCCAGGAGUUGUAACCCUAACCCCUCAGACGCCUCCGGUGAUGCGGAGUCGCCAGGCCCGAGGUCAUGCCAACCUGUCCCGGUCCAGACUGAGGGAGCUCAGGGCCCUUAGCAUGCCCGACCUGGACAAGCUCUGCACCGAUGACUUCUCCAGCGACCCAGGGACCAACGCCACCAUUAACACGUCACUGGAGAUACACCCAGCCAGGCCCACAGAGGUCGUUCAGAACCAAACAGGGUGCUGUUCCCUGCCUGCUAACCCCACCGGGGUGCACCCGACCAGGGCCAGCUGGGCAGAUGCCGGGGCCAACCUGGACCCCAUUCAGAGGAAAACCAACUGGCAACAGGCAGAUAUUCAGAACUGGUCCAUCAGUUUGACUGUGCUGGCUGGCUCUCCGGUGGAGCAGAGUAAGCUGCAGGCGGUCCUGGCCUCCGUGACCACCAAGACAGACGUGUUGGCACUGCUACAGGAGGCCAAGGCUCUCUCUGAGGAUAAAGAUGAUACCCACUUUGUAGUCUUCUCUAAAGAAGAGGGAUCCGGACUUGGUUUCAGCAUCGCUGGUGGAAUGGACCUUGAGCAGAAGUCCAUAACUGUCCAUCGGGUGUUCUCUAAAGGCGUGGCCGGUCUGGAAGGAACCAUUCAGCGUGGGGACAGUAUCCUGUCCAUCAACGGCAGCAGCUUGGAGGGGAUGUCCCACGUAGAAGCCGUGUCCUGUCUCCACCAGGCUAGACUGUCCUCUCAGGUCCUGGUGGUUAUUCGCAGGGGGAAGGACAGUGAAGGACAGAUGUCCCCGAGACAACAUGACCUGUCCCACCACACCGGAAGAAGCUACUCCCUGGGAUGCAGAGAGGACCGGUCUGAGACGACUAGAUCUGUUAUGGGACUGGGAGUGGUGGAGGUGGGUCCUGACGGGGCUCUGAGGGUGGAGCUGCUGAAGACGUCAGCUGGUCUGGGCUUCAGUCUGGAGGGAGGCAAAGCCUCGGCACACGGAGACCUACCCCUCAACGUUAAACGAGUCUUCAAAGGUGGUGCUGCGGAGCUGUCGAGGGUGGUGGACGUGGGGGACGAGGUACUGGAGGUCAACGGACGCUCGCUGCAGGGCCUCAUGCAUUACGACGCCUGGAACAUCAUCAAGGCCGUCAGCGAAGGCCCCGUGCAGCUUGUCAUCAGGAAACCGCGGACCUCUGUAUGACAGACAUACAACAGACAUAUAGAACUAAUUUGAAGAACCCGACGUACCUCGUAGAACACGUAUGUCAGCUUGAGGUGACAUAAUAUAUAAUCCAGGACUUUUGUAUGACAGACAUACAACAGACAUAUCUCAGAGAACUAUACAUAUAGCUACGAUGGUUGAAAUGUUAUUAUCAUGACAUAUUCUGAUGAAACGGACAGACAUUGCAAAGUGGUUAUUUUGUUAAAGCAGACUGCAAUUCGGUCCGGAAUGUCAAAUAGAGUGUCAAAACCAGAUCGUGGAGUAUGAAGCAUUCUUUCUUUUAUUAUAAUGUUUCAUACAGGAGGACGAGAGGCUGUUAUAGUGUUUUAUACAGGAGGACGAGAGGCUAUUAUAGUGUCUUAUACAGGAGGACGAGAUACUAUUAUAGUGUUUUAUACAGGAUGAUAUUAGACUAUUAUAGUGUCUUAUACAGGAGGACGAGAAACUAUUAUAGUGUUUUAUACAGGAGGACGAGAAACUAUUAUAGUGUCUUAUAUAGGAUGAUAUUAGACUAUUAUAGUGUCUUAUACAGGAGGACGAGAUACUAUUAUAGUGUCUUAUACAUGAGGACGAGAUACUAUUAUAGUGUUUUAUACAGGAGGAUAUUUGACUAUUAUAGUGUUUUAUACAGGAGGACGAGAGGCUAUUAUAGUGUCUUAUACAGGAGGGCAAGAUACUAUUAUAGUGUCUUAUACAGGAGGAUAUUAGACUAUUAUAGUGUCUUAUACAGGAGGAUAUUAGACUAUUAUAGUGUCUUAUACAGGAGGGCAAGAUACUAUUAUAGUGUCUUAUACAGGAGGAUAUUAGACUAUUAUAGUGUCUUAUACAGGAGGAUAUUAGACUAUUAUAGUGUUUUAUACAGGAGGAUAUUAGACUAUUAUAGUGUUUUAUACAGGAGGAUAUUAGACUAUUAUAGUGUUUUAUACAGGAAGACGAGAGGCUAAUAUAGUGUGUUUUACAGAAGGAUAAGAGAGUGUCUUUAUGGUGGCAUCUUGGAAUACGCUUGGAAAGCGUUCCACAGGGAUGCUGGCCCAUGUUGACUUCAAUGCUUUCCCACAGUUGUGUCUAGUUGGCUGGAUGUCCUUUGGGUGGUGGACCAUUCUUGAUACACAUGGGAAACUGUUGAGUGUGAAAAACCCAGCAGCGUUGCAGUUCUUGACACAAACUGGUGGGCCUGGCACCUACUACCAUACCCUGUUCAAAGUCUUUUGUCUUGCCUAUUCACCCUCUGAAUGGCUCACAGACACAAUCCAGGUUUCAAAGGCUUAAAAAGUCCUUCUUCAACCUGUCUCCUCCUCUUCAUCUACACUGAUUGAAGUGGAUUUAACAAGUGACAUCAACAAGGAUCAUAGUUUUCACCUGGAUUCACCUGGUCAGUGUCAUGGAAAGAAAAUGUGUAUUUAAUGUUUUGUACACUCAGUGUUGUAUACUAGUAUAACUGCUGUUGUUUAUAAUCAACUGCCGUUUGUGGACAAUCAGCUCAAUCAGACUUCACUACAGCAAAAGUUGUUUUUUUCUCUCUUAAAAUGUGAUUAUUUUAUGAAUAACAUUAAAUUGUCACUUUGCCUUUAAAACCUUUACCUCUUAUUUGAACCAACCUUAUUUUAUGUCAAGGUAUCGGUCAGUGUACCCUGUAGGUAUCCUCUCAGUUUACCCUGUAGGUAUCCUCUCAGUUUACCCUGUAGGUAUCCUCUCAGUUUACCCUGUAGGUAUCCUCUCAGUUUACCCUGUAGGUAUCCUCUCAGUGUACCCUGUAGGUAUCCUCUCAGUUUACCCUGUAGGUAUCGGUCAGUUUACCCUGUAGGUAUCGGUCAGUUUACCCUGUAGGUAUCGGUCAGUUUACCCUGUAGGUAUCCUCUCAGUUUACCCUGUAGGUAUCCGGUCAGUGUACCCUGUAGGUAUCGGUCAGUGUACCCUGUAGGUAUCCUCUCAGUUUACCCUGUAGGUAUCCUCUCAGUUUACCCUGUAGGUAUCCUCUCAGUUUACCCUGUAGGUAUCCUCUCAGUGUACCCUGUAGGUAUCCUCUCAGUUUACCCUGUAGGUAUCCUCUCAGUGUACCCUGUAGGUAUCCUCUCAGUUUACCCUGUAGGUAUCCUCUCAGUGUACCCUGUAGGUAUCCUCUCAGUGUACCCUGUAGGUAUCCUCUCAGUGUACCCUGUAGGUAUCCGGUCAGUUUACCCUGUAGGUAUCCUCUCAGUUUACCCUGUAGGUAUACUCUCAGUGUACCCUGUAGGUAUCCUCUCAGUGUACCCUGUAGGUAUCCUCUCAGUUUACCCUGUAGGUAUCCUCUCAGUGUACCCUGUAGGUAUCCAUCAGUGUACCCUGCAGGUAUCCUCUCAGUUUACCCUGCAGGUAUCCUCUCAGUUUACCCUGUAGGUAUCCUCUCAGUUUACCCUGUAGCUAUCCUCUCAGUUUACCCUGUAGGUAUCGGUCAGUUUACCCUGUAGGUAUCCUCUCAGUUUACCCUGUAGGUAUCGGUCAGUUUACCCUGUAGGUAUUCCGUCAGUUUACCCUGAAGGUAUCCUCUCAGUUUACCCUGUAGGUAUCCUCUCAGUUUACCCUGUAGGUAUCCUCUCAGUUUACCCUGUAGGUAUCCUCUCAGUUUCCCCUGUAGGUAUCGGUCAGUUUACCCUGUAGGUAUCCUCUCAGUUUACCCUGUAGGUAUCCUCUCAGUGUACCCUGUAGGUAUCCUCUCAGUGUACCCUGUAGGUAUCCUCUCAGUGUACCCUGUAGGUAUCCUCUCAGUUUACCCUGUAGGUAUCCUCUCAGUUUACCCUGUAUGUAUCCUCUCAGUUUACCCUGUAGGUAUCCUCUCAGUUUACCCUGUAGGUAUUCUCUCAGUGUACCCUGUAGGUAUCCUCUCAGUGUACCCUGUAGGUAUCCUCUCAGUGUACCCUGUAGGUAUCCUCUCAGUGUACCCUGAAGGUAUCCUCUCAGUUUAACCUGUAGGUAUCCUCUCAGUGUACCCUGUAGGUAUCCUCUCAGUGUACCCUGUAGGUAUCCAUCAGUGUACCCUGCAGGUAUCCUCUCAGUUUACCCUGUAGGUAUCCUCUCAGUGUACCCUGUAGGUAUCGGUCAGUUUACCCUGUAGGUAUCCAUCAGUUUACCCUGUAGGUAUCGGUCGGUUUACCCUGUAGGUAUCCGCUCAGUUUACCCUGUAGGUAUCGGUCAGUUUACCCUGUAGGUAUCGGUCAGUGUACCCUGUAGGUAUCCUCUCAGUUUACCCUAUUUGAAAGCUGAGUUGGAUUAGAGCUACGGCGUUAUGCUACUGGAGUUGAGUUGGAUUAGAGCUACGGCAUUAUGCUACUGGAGUUGAGUUGGAUUAGAGCUACAGCCUACUGGAGUUGAGUUGGAUUAGAGCUACAGCCUUAUGCUACUGGAGUUGAGUUGGAUUAGAGCUACGGCCUUAUGCUACUGGAGUUGAGUUGGAUUAGAGCUACGGCGUUAUGCUACUGGAGUUGAGUUUGAUUAGAGCUACGGCCUUAUGCUACUGGAGUUGAGUUGGAUUAGAGCUACGGCCUUAUGCUACUGGAGUUGAGUUGGAUUAGAGCUACGGCCUUAUGCUACUGGAGUUGAGUUGGAUUAGAGCUACGGCGUUAUGCUACUGGAGUUGAGUUGGAUUAGAGCUACGGCCUUAUGCUACUGGAGUUGAGUUGGAUUAGAGCUACGGCCUUACUCUACUGGAGUUGAGUUGGAUUAGAGCUACGGCCUUAUGCUACUGGAGUUGAGUUGGAUUAGAGCUACGGCCUUACUCUACUGGAGUUGAGUUGGAUUAGAGCUACGGCCUUACUCUACUGGAGUUGCAUUGUACGGGAUUUAAUGUGCGUGCAUGAUGUGCAUAUCGGGUUCCAAUCCAAUGCUCUAAACCUGAUAUUUGAACAUAAGACAUUUUAGAAAUGAAUUGAAAUGAUUCAUUUUAAUGAUUAAGUAUAGAGUACGUUGAAGUUUCUACUUUAUCCAUAUUUAUAACAUAUUUUUUAUCUCCUGAAAUUCCACACCAUUGAUUUAACGUGUCUUACUGUUAAAGGUGUUGAAAGAUAUACAGUACAGACUAACCACAUGUGUUUACCGUUUUUAGUUCUCUCUCUGAAAUACAACAGAACCUGAUGUCCCACCAUUCAUGUGACAUGUAUGGUAGGUUACUGUAAAUGUGACAAUGUGACAUGUCUGGUAGGUUACUGUAAAUGUGACAUGUCUGGUAGGUUACUGUAAAUGUGACAUGUCUGGUAGGUUACUGUAAAUGUGACAUGUAUGGUAGGUUACUGUAAAUGUGACAUGUCUGGUAGGUUACUGUAAAUGUGACAUGUCUGGUAGGUUACUGUAAAUGUGACAUGUAUGGUAGGUUACUGUAAAUGUGACAUGUCUGGUAGGUUACUGUAAAUGUGACAUGUCUGGUAGGUUACUGUAUCUGGCAGGGUUCAAACCGUGUAUUACAAUACCCACAGCUCUUACAUUCUGAAGCACAACUCUUUAUUUCAGAACGCUGGUUGUAAAUAUUGUCUCGUGUUACUGUACAUUUGAAUUAGGCUUUCCAUUGGUUUAAUGGCAAUUUAAAAUGUCAUUUUGAAUUGUAUGACUGCAAGGUAUGUUUAGAUUUUUGUUUGUGUAUGUGAGAUCAUUAACACAUAUAUACACUUGGAGAAUUUGUACAUUACAGGGCUAUUUUAACGGCAAUGGUUGAAAUAUAUGCUCAGAAUAUCGCUCUAAUCUUGGGUUUUAUGCGGUUGAUUUAUUAAAAUAAAUGAUAUUCUGUUGCUGUAAAGGAACUGAUCUGCUGUUGAAUAUCUUCUGAUAAUGGUGGUUAACAAAAAACAACAAACUUUUGGUCAAAUUCAGGUUUUUCUUCUGUUUUGUUCAUGUUCUUUUAAUGUGUACAUUAUUAUUAUUUUUAUUAUUAUAUUUUUUUUGCAUUUGGUUUUGAUAUUACAUACAGACAGGAAAUCCAAGUUUGCUCACUUACAUGAGUGGUCAAAAGUAGUGCACUACAUAGGGAAUAGGAUGCCAUUUUGAACUAAAUUAGAGUAGAUUGAUACGUUGUGUGUGUGUGGCAGGGAACAUAGUCCCUGUGGUGCAGGGUAGGCAACCCUGUUCCUGAAGGGCUUCAGGUACAGCAGGAUAUGGUUCCAACUACGCGCCACAUCUGACCAACUGAGCUAAUUGAUCAGUUCAGUGAUUGCCUAAAUUCAUCACACCUGGUCUUCUAGGUUGUUUAAGUCCAAACAUGAGGUGCUUGCGGGAGGGUUGCCUUACCCUACUGUGGUGCUAUGAUAAAGGCCCUAUUCAGGAAGUGUCUCAUAAAUGGCUAAUACAGUCUUGUGACCGCUGACCUGGAUUCGAAUCCUAGUCGGUGUCACCUUUCACACAGCACCAGGACCUGUACUCUUAAAGCAUCUCACAGUAGGAGUGCUGAUCUAGAAUCAGUGUAUGUUUUUACAUCAUAAUAAUUACAGUAUAUGGACAGGAUCGAUCUGAUCCUAGAUCAGCACUUAUAUUCUAAGACGCUUUGUGAAUAUGGGCCCAGAGUUAAAUUAAUAGUUGAUUGGAUGUGGUAUUUCUGUAAAAAAAAAUAUUUUUGUACAAAUCUGAAUCAGUAAUGUACACAUUUUCAGUGUCAUUAAAGCGUGUUCAAUUGUCUAUUUUAACUGUG